ACAGCUGACGAGCAUUUGACAAAAUAUCAUAAUAUCAUUUUUUUUUUAGUUAUAAUAAUAAAAACUAAAAAGUAAAUAAAUAACUCUCGUCUGCUAUAAUUAGGAUACUUCAGAGAAGAGUCGUAUAUUAUUUGUUUAUAUCUUUAGUUUGGGAUACACUUAAAAUUCAAAGAUGGGGAAAGGAUUUAACAAUUAUAUGUGUAAAAAAUUCUUCCAUCCUGCUUCUCGAGAUAAUUUAAAAAGAGUAUGGAUGGCAGAACAGAAAACAGAGGCAUACAAAAAGAAACAAGAGGAAUUACGUGUACAGUAUGAAAAGGAACAAGAGUUACAUGAAAACAAAGCUUUACUCAGUAAGGAUAGCAAAGAUAAGCUAAGCCUAAAUUUUAUGUAUGAGCCACCACCAGGUGUUAAAAAGGAACGGGAACGUGAAGAUAAUGAGCCAGAAUAUAAAUUUGAAUGGCAAAGAAAAUACAAUGCUCCAAGAGAAAGCUACUGCAAGGGUGACAAUGAAAUCAGAGAUCAACCAUUUGGAAUUUUGGUCAGAAAUGUGCGUUGUAUUAAGUGUCACAAAUGGGGUCAUAUAAAUACAGACAAAGAGUGUACUAUGUACUCUUUAUCUAUGAGUGAGGCUCGUGCGCUUCAAGCUUCAGCUUCAACACCACAAGAAGAGGAAGAAAAGCCUGAUGUUCCCACAUUGAUGCAACAAAUGCGUGAUACUGGACUAGUGAUGAAGCCCGGCGCCAUGCCUCUUGCUGCCACUAAAAUAGUUGAGAAUGACACAUCAUCUCUCACUGAAACAGAUCUCAUUAGUCAGCUGACUAAAAAACAAAAGAAAAAAUUGUUGAAGAAAUUGGAAAAACUAGAAAAGAAGAAAGAAAAAUCUAAGAAGCACAAACAUUAAACUAAUGAAAAAUAUUGCUUCACAUAUUUUUGGGUUGUAUAAUAAAGUUAUAUCUAUGAUUAAAAAUAAAUCAACUUCA